AUGGAGAUAUCUGCUACACAGACACCAUUUAUUGCUCAGUUGUUAGAUACAUCUCAAAUACGUGAAUAUGAUCAUCUGACUUAUAUUGCUGCCUGUAACUUAAAUUUUGGCAAUAGUAGUGUUGAUAUUAUCUGCUACGAUCAUUUAGAGGAUAAUUUCUCAGUUGGAAAUACUUAUAAAUAUGUAUUUCCACCUGUAGGAGGGAUACAUUGGAUGCCUAAGUAUACUGGACAAUCAGAAGAUAAAAUUAUAGCAAUAGCGUAUGAUGAUAUACAUCUCUUUAAAGAGAAUGAGUUAAUAUGUAAGUUAGCUAUAAAAAAUACAAAAAUGAGGCAUUAUAAUCUGCCAGAUUCAAGUAAGAGGACUAAUAAUCCCAAUAUAAUUGGAGUACCUGCAAUGAAUAUUACAGGAUUUCGCUUUAAUGAAUAUAAUCCAUAUGAAAUUGUCUCCUCUUUAUAUGAUGGUCGUUGUUUACUAUGGGAUAUAGAAUAUAAUGGUACUACUGUAGAUCACAAAACGAAACCUUUAGAAUAUACGUUUAAUACAAAUGCUAAUAUUAUAUUUGAUGUCGGCCACCUAAAGCAAUAUAAAUUAAUGGAUGUAUGCUAUGGCCAUACAACAAAUACAAUAUAUGUAGCUUUUAAUAAUGGAGCUGCUUUAUCUUUAGAUUUAAGAACUCCAACUAAAUAUUCAACAUCAAUUGUUUCCGAUUGUAUUCAAGGUUGGCAAGGAGGAAUUAUAUCUAGUGAAUUUACAACCUGCAAGUUAACUUAUAUUGAAGAUACUUCUUUAUUUGCAAGAGCACUACUAAAUAAGGGUAUUGUUGAUAUCUUUGAUAAUAGGAAAAGUUGUGGACCCCUAUUUUCAAUACAAUCUAAUGUGUUUAAUCAUUCAAACCUAAAAAUCUCUUCAAUAGAUUGCCUUAAAGUUUCAACAAAACCAUUAUUGACUGUAGCACGUGAAGAUAAGAUUGUCGAGUUAUUUGACAUAAAUGAGAACACAUCAAAACUAGAAAAUUACUACAAAUCUAGUAUGACAAUAUAUGGAUUUACUUCAAUUAAUCAUCCAUUAUACAAGAAUCUACUAGGUAUAGUUAGUGUAUAUGACUCAAUAAAUAAUGCAGCCUACUUAAAGAUGAUAUCAGUAUAA